GUCACAGUUUUACGUUUAAGAUGUUCAAUCUCGCUGUUCGUAGUGUUCAGUUCAGGUGAUGCGAGAACACGUCUGUCUGGAGCCAGCAGUUUUUUGGUCUUACUUUAUUUUGCCUCACAUAAAAGACAGCCACAUAACAGCAAAAAAAAAAAUUGCAUCAUAAAGGCGUUUCUACUGAAAAUAAUCGCUGUGGUUGAAGAGCUAGGCUUUGUAUCUUUGAUUUAGGACUUUUUGGAGCGCUUGGCACCUUUCAUCAUGUCACCUCAUCCUGUGGUUCAGGCAAUAAUAGACCUCUCUGCUGGUGCUAUAGGGGGCACAGCUUGUGUAUUUAGUGGUCAACCUUUGGACACAGCUAAGGUGAAAAUGCAGACAUUCCCCACUUUGUACAGAGGCUUUGUGCACUGCUUUGUGUCUACAUAUAGACAGGUGGGCCUUCGAGGGCUGUAUCAAGGUACCACACCGGCCCUCAUGGCCAACAUCGCAGAGAACUCUGUGCUCUUUAUGUGCUACGGCUUUUGCCAAGAGGUGGUUCGCUUCAUCUCUGGUCAGGAGAAAGGGGCUGUGCUCAGUGACGUGCAGAAAGCGUGUGCAGGCUCUGUGGCCUCUGUUUUCUCCUCUCUGGUCUUAUGUCCCACGGAGCUGGUGAAGUGCCGAAUGCAGGCCAUGCAUGAGAUGGCCGCUUCCGGCAAGAUCACCCACAGUCAGAACACAGUUUGGUCCGUGACAAAGUCCAUUAUGCAUAAUGAUGGUCCUGCGGGGUUCUUCCAGGGUUUAACCCCCACAAUUGCCCGCGAGGUGCCUGGAUAUUUCUGUUUCUUUGGAGCAUAUGAGGUCUGUCGCUCUCUCUUUGCUGAUUACAUGCACUGUGGCAAGGAUGACCUAGGUGUAGCUCCUAUUGUGUUCAGUGGAGGUUUUGGGGGAGCUUGUCUCUGGCUUGUGGUUUACCCCAUGGAUUGUGUUAAAUCCAGAAUACAGGUCAUGUCGAUGACAGGCAAGCAGUCAGGCUUCUUCAAGACUUUCAUGCAUAUCUUCAGAACGGAAGGUGUAAGGGCUUUAUAUUCCGGUCUGACUCCUACAAUGAUCCGUACGUUUCCAGCCAACGGUGCUCUGUUCUUAGGUUAUGAAGCCAGCCGCAAACUCAUGAUGGAACAGUUUGAGAGCUGACCCUGUAACAGCGCGCUUUUAUUUCUCUGGUCGCAUUUUGAGCCUUUUUAAAUGGCAAGUCUGCAGUAUUUCAUUCAACAUGUCAUGGUUUGCACACACUAACACACAUUUUUUUAAUGAUGCUUUGCUUUUUUGAUUUAUUUUGAUAACACUUUACAGUAAGGUUAUAUUGUUUAGUGAGUUCAUCAGGUAUUGUGAACUAUCAUAAAGCAUUUAUUAAUCUAGGUUAAUGUAUAAAUAUAUUGUUAAUUCAUUGGUUUAUAAUACAUUAAUGUGAAUG